AAUAAUUCUUUUUCAUUGGCAAUCAUAAUUCUUGUCUUCGUCUCUUCACCACGAUUCUCGUAGAAUUUAAUUUCCGUUUACAUGCCACACUUCGGGCUGGCGUCGCUGCAUGACAUUUACGAUCUUAAAAAUAAGUAGCUGAUGUUUGACAUCGUAUACACAGCUUUGUUUUAUGGUAGUCUUAAUAUGUUUCUUGUUAAUUUAAUUGAUACAACAUUAAGAGGUUUUAAAUUGAUUCUAGGAAUGGGCGAUUUAUUGCAAAAGCUCUAAAAUUAAGGUCAUUGCUAUGUACGUACCCUAGUCGCUCCCAAUUUUAAAUUGAUCAUUUUUUGGACCAUCAUUUAAUGAAAAAACUUAACCCCGCAAAUUAUCUCAUUUGAAGAAUUCCAUACUUCCAAAAUAUCUAGUUUCACAACAAUUCCAGCCAAUAUCUAUAUAAUCUUUAAUAUCACUCUCGUACUGUUUUUCAUAAUCCCGAAUCACCGUUGCUUUUUCUCUUCGACCUAUAACGACUGCCAAAUAAUAGUAACAAUCUUCUACAAUUAUCUGAUGAAUCACCGUCGCAUCUUUGUUUAAACGGAACUCCGCACGUACUAUUGUCGCUGUGUGGUUUCAGCACAAUGGAACUGGUGUCAGAUGGCGAUGCACACACACCUGUACACACACAUUAACGAAUACUAAUGGAUGGCUCGUUCUUGUAAUCUUGUUCUUUAUAAUUUUAUUAGCACAUAGAUCGAUCAAACGUUUUUAUUGUAAUGGAGGAGUUGUAGAAUUUCUCAAUCAUUGGCUUCAUGCUAGAGCCUUGGUUUCUGGAUCUAAUUUGUUUUUGUUUUCGAGUAUAUUGUGAUCUAAUGCGUGUGUUUGGUGCAAAAUGGAUGCAACCCGAUAUCUUCAAGACCGCAGAACACAAAGUGAUGGCACUAGCAACGGCGACAGCGACCAUGGAGUCGUCUCAGACCCUCAUCCAGACGGAGUCGAGGGUCCAGAGGAGCUACCAGGAGGUCCAGGUCUCGGAGCAGAGGACAGUCAAGAAGAAGACGAAGUCCAGACGGCAUAAGGAUGAAGGGAAUAUAUCAGUGUCAAAAAGUUCAGAAAAGCUGUUCAAGAAGAUGAAGGCUGCCGACGCGGAGUCGAUCCCGCAGUGUCAGAAGUGCUCCCGGCCGGUGUACGCCAUGGAGCGCAUCAAGGCAGAGAAACGGAUCUGGCAUAAAGAGUGCUUCCGAUGCGUGCAGUGUAAUAAGCAACUCACAGUGGAGACCUACCAGAGCGAUCACACGACGUUGUAUUGCAAGCCGCAUUUCAAACAGCUGUUUGAACCGAAACCCGUUGACGAUGAUGAUGAGACUGACGCAACUGUCCCCAAGAAGCACCAGAUGAUCAUCUGCGAAAGUAAUCCGGUCGAGCUGCCGCCAGAUGUCGUUAGAGCCUCGUCCAAGCCGGAGCUGGGGCUGGAGCAGCUGUCGCAGCUGGACGUGAAGUCCCGCUUCGAGGUGUUCGAGCGCGGCGCGGCGCCGCAGCAGCCGCCCGAGCGCGCGCAGGCGCCGCGGGAGAAGACGCAGGCCAUACUGUCCAAACUAGCCAAGUUCAAGGCGAAGGGCAUGGAUGUCGGCGUUUCUGAUGAGUACCUGAACGGAGUGCCCAUUGAGGCCAGUUCCAGUGAACCAGAGGAGGAUGAAGAAGACGAAGACUCGGUCCUAAAGAAGUCGUACAAGCACACGGCGAGCCGCGAGCAGCCGGUGUCGUUCUGCAACAUGAGCGAGAUCGUCGGCAAGUUCGAGACCGGCCAGCACUCCUCGUCCGAGAGGCAUCGCGAGCGCAAGCAGGAGAUACAGAACAUACGCAGCAGGCUGUUCAUGGGCAAGCAAGCGAAGAUAAAGGAAAUGUACGAACAGUCUGUGCUUCAGAGCGAACAAGGUGUGACAUCAGCCGACAAGAUAUCCCGUGAGCUGGACCUGAAUGCGGAGAAGGCGCGCGCCAUCAAGGAGCGCUUCGAGAACGGCGAGGUCUUCAACGAUGAGAACCAGCCGCCCAAGAAUAGGGAGAUCGAUGACAGGGCGCUGUUUAAUGAAGGCAUCGGCAAGAAGUCUCGCUCCAUCUUUCUUGAGCUGGACGCGAACGCGAAGAGCAUGCCGCCCACCUCGCCCCCGCCCGGGGACGUGCCCAAGCGGAAGGAGAUUCCAUUCGUGCCCAAGGACGUGGUCCGCGCGGCAGACAAGCUGGAAGACGUGAAGAUCGAGACGUCGGACAUCUCGGACCGGUUCAAGUUCUUCGAGACGUACCGGCCCGAGACCACGCGCAAGGAGUUCCGCAUGACGCCGCCCAGACAGACACAGCGCGCCAAGUCCCCGUCCCCCGAGGUGUACGUGGAGCCGUCCGUGUCGCGCGAGGGCGGCGCGGCGGGCGCGGACGCGGGCGCGGCGGCCGCCCGACACACCGCGCAGAGGAUGAUCAGCGUCUUCCGCCAGCUCGAGCACCAGCAGGCGCAGCCGGGGGACAACCAGGGACCUAAACCCCUAAAGAGGUUCACGCCUCCCCCUCCCGGAGAGAACAACCACCAGGGUCAGUCCUCUGAUGAGGAGUACUCCUCCUCCGAGUAUGAGGAGGAGGACAGUGAGGACGAGCGCCGCAGGGUCUACCUCGAAGCCAGGCAGAGGGAUGAGGCGCUUAAACAGGCGCAACAGCUGGCCCGCACGAAGAGUUUCCGCGACCGCUUCGAGCACUGGUCGGAGUCGGAGCCGCAGCGCUCGCCCUCCGCCGUCGUCAUCGAGCGUCAGACAGAACAGGACGAUGACGGAGAGUCACAGCUCGAGACUGCCAAGAGCUUGCGUCAGAAGUUUGAGAACAUGAACGUGACGCAGUCGUCGGUGUCGAAAACCUUCGCUCCCAAAGUUAACAGAUUUGUGUGACCGUCGCGCGCGUUCACUACCACAUCAACCAAAGCAAUAUUAACCCUUUAAAGUUGUAAAGUCUCUAUAAUGUACUAUUUGUCAAUUAUAUUCUAGCAGAUAAGACAGUUGUAGCCCAUUCUAUUGAAUUGACGGAAUAUUAUCUAGUUUAGAAAUAUAUCAAUCUACAUUUGGUUAUACGACUGAAAAAAGAAUGCAUUUCGAAACAAUUUUUGUGCCUUAUAAUGUGCAAUUAAAAAGUUUUAUAAUAAAAAAACAAAGUUAUUGUUAAAUCUCACGUUCUAGUUAUUAAUAGUUGAAAUUUAUGACGAAUCUAUGAGUAUUAUUAAAUUGUUUCAUUUUCAUGACUAAUUAAUUCAUUUUAAUAUUUAUAAUUGUGAACAUGUUAUGUUUUAAGCUUAGUCACACGUAACUGUAAAGAGAAUAUAAGAAUACUCGAUAAGAUAUACAAUUAUAUAUCUUAUAUGCGAGGAAUUCAUUAUUUAUGUUAUUUACACAAGUUUAUAAUAUUUCGAAUGGUAAACUUCGUGAAUAUGUAUCGUUUUUGCCGAACUUGUGAUUUUUUUCACCUGGCAACCCCAUUUCUCUGUCUUGCCACAAUAUAGGUGUAAUUUGUCUCUCUGUGCCAUCUCGAUGUUCUAAUAAUCUCGUAUUAUUUAAUAAUUAUUACUAUUAUUUAUGAUAUCGCAUGUUUAUUAUUAAUAGAUACAUUUUGAAAUGUAUUUUAGGUAAUUUUUACUAUGUGACUGAAUAUUGGAUUCUCUAUAUUUAUUUGUUUGUACUUAAAAAGUUUUGCCGAUUUUUAUAUUAUUCGAGAGUAAGAAAA